AUGGUCCUAAAAAUUGCAGGAACAGAGCCUCUGCGUAUUUUAAGCCAGUGCCAGCGGGGAUUUCCCGUGCUACAUUCUAUCGACUACGAUCUAGCAGAUAAGUCCCAAUUAUACCUAACGACUAACUAUCCGUAUGUUGAGUUCCCCCCAGUUAUGAAGCCCAGCCUCCGAAGAAUCAAGUCCCUCACCUGCAAUGGAUUUCAAUCAGAAUGUACGGCACCAACUGGUAUUCGUGCUUGCAUUGAUCUACUCAGCGUGGUGUUGCCUACCGGGCUAGUGUCAUAUAUCCUCACCAUUAGAUCCCAGUCAGAUGCCAUGACAAAUAUUUCCGUGUUCUAA